AUGUCGACGGAAUCUACCGCAGCCAGCGGAUUAACCGAAGAACAAGUGGCGGAUCUCAAAGAAGCCUUUGCCAUGUUUGAUAUAAACGGAGACGGCACUAUUGAGAUUCACGAACUGCAACAAGUGAUGCAAAAAUUGGGUCAGAAUCCUACGGAAAAGGAGUUGAUCGAGAUGAUCUCCUCGGUAGACGACAACGGCGAUCACGAAAUCGACUUUGACGAAUUUUUGAUUCUGAUGAAGUCCCGGAUUGGACACCGGGAUCCGGAAAAGGAACUCCGGGACGCCUUUGCCGUGUUCGAUACGGACGGGUCAGGAGCUAUUGAUCGGAAAGAACUCAAACGAUUGAUGAAAAAGUUGGGACAAGCGCUGACAGAACAAGAGAUCGAUGCCAUGAUGGAUGAAGUAGAUACGAAUGGAGACGGAGAAAUCAGUUUCGAAGAAUUCAAAGAGCUGAUGCAAUCCUAA